GUAGUCACAUGAACGCUAUCAAGCCCGCAUCAGUCUCUGCUCAACUAUUGAUUGGAUAACGUUCGUUCUGAGCCGCCGCGGAGUGGGUCGCAUGUCGAGUCGGGGGAAAUCAGUUACUGUCCAAAGGAUUUCCACGAGUUCACAGUGCAACUGACAGCAACAAAAAGGACCAUCAAAAGUGAUAGUGAUAGUGAGACCAUUCUAGGAAGAAUGAAACGAUCAAAACCCUCAAAGGGUGCAACAUAAGUGUCAAUCAGUAAUGAGAAGUGAGUAUAGUUUUAGAAUAGCUGUAAUGACAGUACUAAUUCUCAGCCGAAAAGAUUGAGUGAUUGAAUGGUCUAGCAGAUUAUCUAACAAUGUAUGUGAACAUAAUUUGCACCAUUUUGGGACUCGCCACGUUUGCCACUUCGUCCGUUGGAGAACAGUGUCACAAUUCACCGAAUCAGUGUUCAACGCAAGUGCCAAAGCUAGAAAAUGUUGCUAAACGAAACGGAACACCUGUCAGUACGAAAACAUUGGAAAACUUGAGCCCACCACUGGCGGGAAAUAAAACCGUUCCAAGUGGAAAUUUGAGUGAAAUUGAUGAGUAUUUACUCAGCAGUGUUAGACAUAAGUUUCGGACAGAGUUUGCUGAAACGGAUACGAAAACGGUUGAAAGCGAGUUGGAAAUCGAUCCCGAAGAUGCAGAGUCUAUUUCCAAGCUGAUCGAGCCGUUUCUCUCGAUUCAUUCACCGUUCAAUCCCGCCUACAGCAAGCAGGUGUCACCGGAAUGCAGCCGCGCGGCCAAAUCGUACCUUACCGCUCUCCGUGCCAUGGAGUUGUGGGCCCUCCGAAUGCACGACGCCACGGGAAAACUGAGCUCCGGUGUUCUCAAUGGAAAUAUCAAUCAGUACGGUGAUUACGAUCAAUGCUUGAACGUUCGUGGAGGCUCGAAAAGCCAAACAGCUCAUCUCCGCGGUAGAUACUGUCUGGCCGGCAUACAACCGAAGGUUGUCUCGAGCACGCCAUUCCUCCGGCACAUAUUCAACUUGGUGCAGUCUCACGGGAUUCUGACGAGCGAUCUCGGCGAUCCCGGUCAUCGAGUACCACGCUUCUCCACCAUCAACUGGGCAUUAUGCGUGCCGGCCAAUUGCACUCCUCAGGACGUACAACUUUCCCUAACCGAAAUGCUCAAAGACACCGUCGAAGGAAGCGGUUUACAGCUAAAAGUGAGCGUAGAACCCGAGCUGUGUGUUGUUGAAAACUCUAUCUGGGACAAUUACUUCACGCCAGCCACGGUCAAAGUUUGGAUCUGUUUUCUGGUUUACUUACUGGUAGUAGUGCUUUCAACACUGUACGAGUACAAAUCAGAGAACAAAAAUAAAUGGCUGACUUCAUUUUCGCUUAUUAAAAACACUCGAACGAUCUUCUGUGUCAAGGAGGAUCUUAACGAUGUGGCUUGCGUCCACGGAAUUCGAUUUCUCAAUGCUAUUCUGCUAGUCAUUGCCCAUAAAUCGAUGGCGCUAUUUUUCAAUCCAUAUGCUAAUCGAACGGCAAUGAGUGAGACCCUAGGCCAAUCGUGGACGGUAGUCGGACGCGCGGCUUCAAUCUUCACCGAUCCGUUUAUCAUGUUCAGUGGAUUUCUGACCACAUAUUCGAUCAUCGGACGGCUCAUGCGAAAUCAACGCAUCAAGUUGUACCAGGAUUACAUAGGACGUAUUCUCCGGAUAGCGCCACCACUGGGAGCGUUGAUUCUGUUCUGUACUUUUGUGUUGCCCUUCCUGGGCAGCGGACCUCAAUGGAAUCUUGUGGUUACCAAUCAUGGGGACAUUUGUAAAAAGUACUGGUGGCGCAAUAUGCUCUUCAUUCACAACUACUUCGGAUUCAAAAACAUGUGCCUCACCCACACGCAUCACAUCGGCAUCGACACGGAACUGUUCCUGGUGUCACCGUUGUUCAUCUGGUUAAUUUGGAAAUGGCCGAAAAAAGGCGGAUUGGCGCUGAUUGUCCUAGCGCUGAUUUCAACCGUGCACCGAUUCUACGUAACCUAUAAGCUGCGGCUGUCCAAUUACGUUUAUUUUGGCACGUCAGUCAAACAACUGUUCGACACGGCGGACAACAUGUACAUUCUACCGUAUUACCGGCUCACCGUGUAUCUGAUGGGUGUCAUGUUAGGUUACGCGUGUCGAGUCUACAAAUCGAUCAGUCUAACGCCGAAUCAACUGCGUCUGGGAUGGUACGCCUGCAGUUUGUUGCUAGCAUUUGCCUUUUUUGGUCCCGCCCCCAUGGGUUCAAUGCACUACGUGUAUGAUCCUUUGCACGCUGCUAACUAUGCCGCCUUUUCCCCAAUCGCAUGGUGCAUCUUCUUUGCGUGGGCUGUUUUCACCUCGCAUUUAGGAUAUAGAAAUAAAUUAAUCGAUGUGUUCUCCUGGUCAGGAUUCCGAGUGACGACGAAGAUUUCCUACGCCAUCUACCUGACUCAAUUUCCCAUCUUUUUCUACAACGUAGGGCGAAUUCGCAACGCGCAGCAUUACAACUUCGUUACGUCUGUUUUGCUGGACCUCAACGAAUACGUAGUAAUUUUCCUAGCAUCCUUCAUUCUAACGGUUCUUUUCGAGACUCCAUUCAGCAACAUAAAGAAACUCCUCUUCGACAACAAAAGAACACGGAGUAAUGCCAAAGAACUCGUCAGUGCAUCACUGAAGGAGCGUCCGGAAGAAGAAAAUUCACGUGAUAUAAACGAGAAUAGCAAUAAAACCAUCGUCUAUCCUUCCAACCAGACCAAGGAUCUGAACGAUUGAUAUUUAGACAAGCUAUUUUGAAUGUUUUGCGACAUACUGCUUAAGUGUUAAGAUAAUAAAGAAUUAAAUUUAUUUAUACUAAACGAAUUCGAACCAACCAAAUUGGACUACUAAUUUAGAAGGCCCAAAAAUAAGGCUCGCCAGAAGAUUUACUCAAUUGUUUGUGAGGUCGAAAAUGAAAAUAAUGCAUGCUGAACGUAUCGACCUCCAUGAAAUCACAAAGCUUAUGGGCCAA